AACAACAGAGGCGGGGUGGGUUUGUCUUGGAGAGGGCGGAAGGAAGGACAGAACCACAGACGGUGGCAGUUGCAUUUUUUGUCUCGGGUGCUCAGCGCAUGUGACGUGUCCUCUGGGCCUGACAUCGGACCGUGGCGUCUGAUAGCCAGGGUGUCAACAUGUUCAAAACAUGAAGUCAGAAUGUUCCUGGGUUUGUGAUGGAUAAGAAGGAAUGCAGUGGAAGUAUAAAGCACAAAGCACCCACACUGCUGCAGACUGGGACCAUAGAUGGUAUUUGGUGCAGCUCCCAUGCUCCCCAUGCAAGGGAGCCACAAGACACUGGAUGGACCCAUCCACUAAGAGGAGAGGAGGAGCAACCCUUAGAUGCAGGUCAUGAGAAGUGGGAUUGUGAUGAGAACCCCUGCCCUGGCAAGGAUGAAGAACCUGAAGGAUUAGAUUCUGAACAAGUGCGACACACCAAGACCAGGGAAAGCCCAAUUCAAAAUGGAUUUUCUGUAGCUGGUACCAGUUCGGGAAAGAAAUGCCUUGAUAAUUUCCUGUCUGCUGACUCAUAUGAGGAUGUUUCUGUUUUAAAAACCAAACCUGGGGAUACAGAAUUGCAGGAUCCUACAUGGGUAUUCAGCAGCUCAUUUGAUUGCAUGACCCAAAAAGAAGAAGGAUUUCUUAAAAACUCUGGUCCUAUAGAAGGCCGUCAGGGUUGUACUUGCCCAGAAGAUGACACUAUUAAUGCAAGGGGUAGUGGAGACUUUCCUGAACAUGAGGAAGGUGAACAAGGUGAUCUAGAUGAUGAACAGGGCUGGAGUGGGAGCAUUAGUAGUGGAUUUAAGGAAGGAAGUAUUAACUGGAGGAAGGGAGGUGUGAGUAAAAAGGCAAGAAGCCAAGCUAGCACCCACAAAGAACCUGAUUUGUCACAGAGACAAUGUGGUGAGGCCCCCUCUUCCCGAAUUCCUACAGCUUUCAAUGGUGCUGGAAAACAAAAACAUGCCAGGCGCCGGAACACCCAUCCACUUCAUCAACAGCAGAAAGUUAAAGGUGCUACUUCUUGGUCUCUGUUGGUAUGCUGGGACCUGCUACAGGAAGCUGUGGGACCCUGGUGCUUGGCUUGUUUUCGCAUGGUGGUGGACCUGAUUGUAUUUGUGACUCAUCGUUGUGGGGAAUAUGUUGAGGUUGGAGGAACAUUAGCCUAUUCUUGUUGCUCAGAAUUAAUGGCUCAGGGCACUGAUUUGGGUUCCCUCCAGGGCAGAGUGUGGAACUCAGCCAGGUGGGUGCAGUGUAGAGCACAGAAGAGUUUGGAAAAGCUGCACAAGUCAUGUAGAUGGCUUGUUAGCAUCACAUACCGUUUGUUCAAGAUGCUGCUAGCCCUAGUUUUUCUUGUCCUAAUGCUUUCGAUUGGAUGUCUGAGGCUUUUCUGGCGCUGGUUAAGUUCUGGUUUCAGAAGACUGAUGGAAAAGUGCUUUGGCCCUCUUGAUCAGCAGCAAAAUAAACAUAAUUUUAUAGCACAGGCUGUGGACAUUUUCCAGAAUUUGUGGAACAUGCUUCGGGAAACAAGGACUUGGGUCAUGCUUGUAAAAGCAUGGCAAAAGCUAUGGGCUUGGGUUCAAAUUAGGACUGCAAAACUGUGGGGUCCUUCCACCUUGGGGUGUCCUGAAUCUCCUUCCAGUGGUGCAGCAAGCAGGUAUGAACCAGGCCAGGAAUUGGAGCGGCUACUAGCAAUGGCCUCCAUGCCUGAGGAGGAAGUGGAUCCAUUCAAAGUGCUGGGAGUGGAGUCGAAUGCUUCAGACAGUGAACUCAAAAAAGCUUACCGGCAACUUGCUGUGUUGGUCCACCCUGACAAGAACAAGCAUCCCCGUGCAGAAGAGGCCUUCAAAGUUCUGAGAGCAGCCUGGGAUAUUGUGAGCAAUCCAGAAAGCAGGAGAGAGUAUGAGAUGAAACGAAUGGCUGAAAGUGAGAUCACCAAGUCUAUGAACGAGUUUCUUGCAAAGCUUCAAGAUGAUCUGAGAGAGGCCAUGAACACUAUGAUGUGCAGCAAGUGUGAAGGCAAGCACAAGAGGUUUGAAAUGGACAGGGAGCCAGCAGCUGCAAGAUAUUGUGGGGACUGCAAACAAAUGCAUGCUGCCGAGGAGGGUGACUUCUGGGCAGAGUCGAGUAUGUUGGGUCUACGCAUAACAUAUUUUGCCUUGAUGGAUGGAAAGGUCUAUGACAUAACAGAAUGGGCUGGCUGCCAGCGGAUUGGAAUCUCCCCAGACACUCAUCGCGUCCCCUAUCACAUCUCCUUUGGAUCCCGAAGUGGUACCAAUUCGGGGAGACACAGGACUCCCUCUGAAGGCUCUCCAGGUUCAGCUGCCGACCUGCAGGAUAUUUUAAACCGCAUUUUCCAAGGCUCACCCAACCAGAUGCCUAAUGGUGGCUUUUUCUGUCCGCCACCUCCACCAGGGAGCAAUACCAGUACCAGCAGUCCAGGAUCCCAGAAUGCACCUGGCUUCCCUUUCACCAACCCACCCAGUGGGCCAAGCCGAGCAGACAACGGAGUGAGGACUGACAGCAGCAAAGCACGUCGCAAGAAGAAGGCUCGUCGGCCUUUCCCACGCUGAGGAGGACUGCUUUUGGGGGCCGGGGGUAGGGGGGCAGCCUUGGACCUGCUGCAUGCUAUGUACUGUAUGGCUCAAUAAGUGGACCAUUUGCAACACCAGGAAACAAACAUGUGAACUGAAGCAAAGCAUGUUGAUGUCAGGAGUUGCUUGUACCUAAGUGAAAAGGUUUUGUUCUUGAGAACUGAAGAAAAUGUAAGCUUUAGUCACUUUGGACCUUUGCCUAGCAGCACCUUGAAUGAUCCAUUUCCGAUCCAAACUCUAAACCGAUAGAUCUAGUAAGGGGAAAUAAUUGUUAGGGCUUUCCUCUUACUAAUUUGUCAUGCCAAAGGCCAAUGCGGUUGCCCUGUAAGUAUAAAAAGAGAGAAUCCUCUGGGCAUCUUUCUCUGACAUAUAAUGGCCAUGUGAACUUGAGCCUGAAGGUUGAUAUGUUUGACAAUCAAUAAAAAGCCAGGCAGAAGCCAUUUUUUUUUUAGCCAGGUUAUAAUAAGCCAAGUGAUACUUGCAUCCAAAAAUAAAUAAAAUCAUAUAUAUAUAUAUAUAUAUAAAAUGGACUCCAGGAGUGUUAAGUAAACUUGCUUCUGGGAGUGAUUUGCCAGCCCAUAAUGUGCAUGAACAGAAGCAAGAACAAUUGUUGCGCAGCAGUGCUAUUCCUCCAAAUAACAAUGCUGUGGCAUUGAUACCAUUAUGCCAUUGUUGUUUUGAAUGGUAACAAAUCUUGAUUAAUGGAAAGAUUAGUUCUGACAAUAUUCUUUUGUGUUUUUAGCUAUCGAGCAAGCUGCAUUGGCAGUACAUCCCAAAUUUUUUUUUUUGCUUUCUUCUUUUAUGCUUUUCCCUGCAGCCUCCCUCCCAUUUUCAUUCACUUGUCCUUCAUUCUCUUUUUCCUUCUACUGUUUUUCUUUGUCCCUGAUGUAGGCACAGGAGAUUUAGUAAAAUUGCCCCUUGGAGAUCUGAUUACACUUUGUUGUUCUGUGUUGUAAUAAAUUUUCUUCAUUGGCUUGGGAAAUACGCCAUGAUGGACCCUGCUUUUCAAUGGAAACCACCAGAGUGAUAUGCA